AUGGUUGUCGGAAUUCCUUCGUCAGUGACAAUCGUUGAAGAGGAAGACAUUCAUGUAUGUGAAUUGUCCAGUUCAAUACCUGAAUCAUUACCAGUUCUUCCUAUGACAAAUGAGUUACCUGUUGAUCAAAACCUUUCAAUCACUGAAUAUCCUUUCGAAUUUUUAUCUGGUGAACAAUUCAUCGGAUAUGGCAUGGAUUUAACCGAUGCUGGUAUUUAUUUAACUUCGUAUCGUUUAUUUAUAUUUUCCAAUCAAACUUCAACACACUGUUCGUUUAUUAAUUGUCCCAUACGUCUAAUUGAAUCUAUCGAAAUUAAAGAUAAUAUCUAUUUAUAUUUUCAAUGCAAAGAUAUACGUUCGUUUCGAUUAAUAUUUUUCACAGCAGAUAAAUGUUCUUAUUGGUUACGGAAAUUAAACGAGACGAUAUCAUCAUUAAUAUGUCUCAAUGAUCUAUUUGCAAUUAAAUAUGCCUUAUCUUUAUCGAAACCAAUCGAAACGAUCACGCGUGAUUAUUUUCAAGAAGAAUUUCGACGUUUACAAUUGGACGUAGCACCAUGGCGCACAACAGAAAUUAAUCAAGAUUAUAAAUUGUCACCUACAUAUCCAAAUAUUUGCGUCGUACCGGAGGUUAUAACUGAUGACGAAGUUCAUGAGGUGGCGAAAUUUCGAUCGAAUAGGCGAUUUCCGACUGUAGUCUGGAGACAUUGCAAUGGUGCAGUUAUUGCCCGAACAAGUCAACCAGAAAUUGGUUGGCUGUUUUGGCGUUCGAAAGAAGAUGAAAAAAUGAUUCAAAUGAUAAUCAAUGCGUGUAAAACGCCGAUGUCAACAGACUCAUUUUCGGCGGAAAUUCAUUCGAAACGUCUAUUGAUACUCGACGCAAGGAGUUAUGCAGCAGCAUUGGCAAACCGAGCCAAAGGCGGUGGUUUCGAACAUCCGCCUUAUUAUACUGAUUGUGAUGUACAAUUUAUGAAUUUACCAAAUAUACAUGUCAUUCGCAAAAGUGCACAAAUGUUAAGAGUUGCUGUCGCUAAUGCAGCACAAGGAGAAAAUUGGCUUUCACAGUUGGAGUCUUCGAGAUGGUUGCACAAUCUGUCAGCAUUAAUCAAUGUGGCGUCGUUUGUGGUUGCAACUGUUGAUAAGAACGCACGACCUGUACUUGUUCAUUGUUCGGAUGGAUGGGAUCGCACUCCUCAAAUAACCACAUUAGCAAAAAUUAUGCUGGAUUCAUAUUAUCGUACGAUCGAAGGUUUUCAAAUGCUAGUACAAAGCGAAUGGAUUGCAUUCGGUCAUAAAUUUGCUGAUCGUUGCGGCCAUGGAAAUGGAUCGACGGAUCCCAACGAACGUAGUCCUGUUUUUCUUCAAUGGCUUGAUUGUGUUUUUCAAUUAUUCACACAACAUCGAACUGCAUUUGAAUUUAAUGAAAUGUUUCUUUUAAAAUUAGCGCACCAUACGUACACAUGUUUGUACGGCACAUUUCUGUGCAAUACAGAUUGCGAACGUUCAUCAUCAAAGUUAGAAACACGAACGUUAAGUGUAUGGAGUUUAUUCAAUAGCAAUUCCAAACAAUUCAUCAAUCAUUUAUUCGAUAAAACGAAGAAAGAUAUUCUUUAUCCAUCGUCUUCAGUUCGUGACUUAACAAUAUGGUCAAAUCUAUAUCUGCGAGAUAUUCGUCAUACGCCUGUUGGCGCAUUUGAACAUUCCUCGACAUUAAUUCCAGCUCGUAUUCGUUCCUAUGAAGAUCUUACAACAUCAAUAACAAAUAAUCUUCAUCGAUCAUCAUCGGAUCCAAGUCUAAGUAAUUCCCUACAUAACGAACCAUCAUUAAUAGCUCGUCCUACUCCCGUAUCACCAUCAAGUCAGCAACAAUCCCAACCGAAUCGACUGCAAAAUUCAACAUCGACAAAUAGUCUUUUCGGUCCGCCACAUCAUCUAGGAACGUUAAAUGAUGGUAGUCAUCAUAGUGUAACCAAUCCUUGUAACACAAAUCAAACAUCUAUACUAAUACCAACUAGUCCUGAUAGUCGAACAAAACAACAAAGUUUUCUAACCGAUGAUUCGUCACCUGAUAUCACACAACUAGCAUUAUCAUUUCAACGUUUUCCAUUAAAUGUCAAUAGUGUUGACAAUAUUUUACGCACAAUGUCUCGUCAAAGACGACACACAAAUUCAACAUCGAGUACGGCUUCGAGUUUAUCGGAAGCAUGGUCAUUAACGAGAAUCAAUUCUUCAGAUUCCAGUCAAGCACAGCGAGCGGUGCAACCUAUGAGUACAAACAAAGUCUUGAAAUUAGUACGAAAACGUAUUGAUGUCGAUGGUUUAACAAAGAUUCCUGAUCAAGUCACAACUAGAAUGGUACAGAAAGAACGAGCAUAUCAACAACAGAUCGAAAAUUUACAUGAGCAAAUUCGACGCAUGCAAAGAUUUGUUUAUGCAUUGAUUAACAUCAAUAAUAAUCAAAAUAUUCCCCCACGAAUGGAAACAAUCUCGCAAAGUAAUGUGAAUAGUAUUGAGUCGUCGUCUUGUUCUUCGUGGCAAAAAAUCGAUAGUGACACAAGUGUAACGCGCUGGAUGCCAGAUUUCAAUGUUCAAACAUGUUAUGGAUGUCAUGUGAAAUUUCAACAAUGGCCAAUUUCACGUAAACAUCAUUGUCGAAAAUGCGGCAAUGUAUUUUGUAGUAGUUGUUCAAAUUAUUGUAAAUCAAUUCCUUCGAUGAAUCUAUCGCAUUCAGUUCGCGUGUGUCGCGAUUGUUUUCUUACACUCGACGAUAAUCCUUCUACUGCGACUAGUAAUAGUACAGCAAUUGAAUCAACACGAACAGCUGCACCCAUGCCUAUUCAAACUGGUUGCCGACAAUCGAAUGGUACUCCUAAUGGAUCAUUUAAUUCACCUGGUGGACAAAAAGUGAAAGGAUAA